CUCAUUGGUCGCGUGCUUGACACGAAUGAGUAGCGAGAUCUCAUCUUCAUGUGUUGUGAUACAAUCUUCAGGCCAGGGUUCCUCUGAUCCAAACCAUUUUGCACUGCAUAUCCCAAUCAAUCUUCAUCUCAAUCAAUCGUGUUUCUCAACUGAGCAAGCAUCAGCCUCGCAUCAGAUCCAUCGAUUAAGCGGUUGAUUCAAAUUUCCCAGUGCUUUUCAAUUUUCCCCCCUUCGGAGAUGUGUCCAAAGGGACUCUGAUCUCGGCGCGAUUCUCACAUGACAUGGAUUUCGAAACGAAAUUCGAGAUACCGAUUGUGAAACUUUGUUGCUUGAAUCCAUUCGACGGAACUUGAAUCAGUGAGAAAAGCGUUUUGAGUUUGCAUUUGGAGUAGUUUUUGUUGUUAACAGGAAAUCAUGUUCUGGAGAGACCGUGAGAGGGAGAGUAAUAAAGAGCUCAACGGUGGGGUUCUGUGCGGCCAGGUCAGAGUGCUUGUUGUUGGUGACUCAGGUGUUGGUAAGACUUCUUUAGUUCACCUGAUUGUUAAAGGUUCUCCUGUCACUCGCCCUCAACAGACAAUUGGUUGUACAGUUGAUGUGAAGCACACUACUUAUGGAAAUUCUGGCAGCUCUUCAAGUAGCAUUACAAGUGAUUCUGAGAGAAACUUCUUUGUUGAACUGUGGGAUGUAUCAGGACACGAACGUUACCAAGAUUGCCGGUCUCUGUUUUAUUCACAGAUUAAUGGUGUAAUUUUUGUUCAUGAUCUUUCACAGAGAAGAACGAAGACUAGCUUACAGAAGUGGGCAGCUGAGAUUUCUGCAACAGGGACAUUUUCAGCUCCUCUGGGUUCUGGUGGCCCUGGUGGACUUCCUGUUCCAUAUAUUGUCAUUGGCAACAAAGCUGAUAUUGCUGCAAAAGAAGGCAUUAGAGGAAGCAGUGGGAAUCUUGUUGAUGUUGCGCGCCAGUGGGUCGAGAAGCAAGGUUUGCUUCCAUCCAGUGAGGAGCUUCCACUGACUGAGAGUUUUCCUGGCAGUGGAGGCCUUAUUGCAGCUGCAAAAGAAGCAAGGUAUGAUAAGGAGGGUGUGAUGAAAUUUUUUCGCAUGUUGAUUAGGAGAAGAUAUUUCUCAGAUGAACUCCCUGAGCCCGCAUGGUCCAUUCCUUCAGUUCAGAGACCUGCUCAGCAGCGUAUAGAUGACAGUUUCAUUGAAGAUGAUAAUCAGUCUUAUAAUACGCGGAGAAGUCUAAGCAGUGAUCCUUUCAAGUAUAACAUGCUUCCUCCCCUUCCAGCUCAACGCAAUCUAACUCCACCACCCACGCUCUAUCCUCAACAGCCAGUUUCAGUCUCUGAAAACUACAGUUUCCCAAGAUUUUCUUUGUCUGGCUCCUCAGAAAUCAGUUCCUCAGCUAGAACAAAGCGCUCAGAUAUUAAUGUCUGAAGAUCUUUGUAUUUGUUAAUUGGUCACUGCUAUUACACUGAUGUAUUCUUGCAUGGAAAAAAAGUUAUAUGUUUGUUUAAAUUCUUUGUUCCGCUUGUAACUUUUCCUCUGAUUUAUGCAUUUUUUAUUAGUCUUUGUCAGGGGGAGGAGGAGCAACUUGUUCAGAGUUUAGGGAUGAUUUAAAAUGAUACAUGCUCGAUUCUUUUAUAUAAUCAUAUCAUACCUUUCUUUU